AUGGUUGCUAAACAGUGGUCAACUGCCGCCAUUCUUGGGUUCAUUGUGCCGAGAUUUCUGGCGGCUCCAAAUCAUCUACCAGUCGUUGACUUGCAAUAUGCCGUUCAUCAAGGUACAAUCAAUGAAGCUGGACAAUAUUACAACUUCUCCAACAUUCGAUACGGCGACGUUAUUACUGGUGCAUCCCGCUUCAAAGGCCCACAACCCCCGAGUACGAUUAACCGCACCCUGAAUACUGGACAGAGAGCUACGCGUUGCCCUCAAACUCAUCCCGCCUGGCUUUAUGAUGGAACGGCAAUUGCCCAGGGCGUGCCAGUGUCGCAACUCCAGCCACCGCGCUUCAACAUCUCAGACAUUCCAGCCAUGAGUCCAGAGGAAACUGAAGACUGUUUAUUCUUGGACGUCCUGGUCCCGUCCCGAAUCUUCCCGCCCACAGCCUCUACCAAACAGAACUCAUGGCACAACGGGAAGCCAGCUCCAACUUCCACUGGCGCGGCAGUCUUGGUUUGGAUCGACGGUGGCGGAUUUUCGGCUGGCUAUAAGCAUGAACAGAACGCCACUGGUCUUGUAGCUAGGUCAAGCUCCAACCAUGAUGAAGGACUUAUUUAUGUUGCCAUGAACUACCGAGUUGGCCUCUUUGGGUUUUUACCGUCCGGUAUUGUCGGACAAGGCGAUUCUAAUGUUGGGCUACUCGAUCAGCGCCUAGCUCUCGAGUGGGUACAAAAAUACAUCCACCUGUUCGGCGGAGAUCCUUCUCGAGUCACAAUUAUGGGAGAGUCGGCUGGUGGAGGCUCUGUGUUCCACCAAAUUACAGCAUUUGGGGGUGCAUCAGGACCUGCUCCUUUCCAACAGGCAAUACUCCAAAGUCCCGGAUGGCAACCAAAUGCUAAUCCUGGGUUCCAAGAAUCGCUCAUCGAAUGCGCCCUGACUAACGCAUCUGCGCUGACGGGACGGACCAUCAAAACCGUGGACGAUCUCCGCGCGCUCUCGUUCGAGGAGAUCACACUACUUAAUAGCGUCAUAGUUGGACGUUCACCCUACGGGAUAUACACCUUUGGCCCUGUCGUGGAUGGUACAUUUGUUCCUGAGAUGCCGGGCAGACUCAUUGCCCAAGGACGGUUCGCCACUUCCCUGAAUGCCAUCAUGAUGGGGACCAAUUUCAAUGAGGGUGUGCUUUUUGAUUCUCCUUUUUUGAAGGAUGAUCGAGACUACCGCGGAAAUGUCCGUCUCUUUUUCCCAAACGCGACAGAAGAUAUGAUUGACCAUGUUGCCACGGACCUUUACCCAAACGACCUGUCAGGGAAGUUCAACUACACAACACAACCUCUGCGGGCGGCUUUGACGACAGCAGAGGCUUGCUUUUUAUGCAACACACGCUAUCUUGCGCAGUCGCUGUCAAACAUUGUAUCCAAGAGUAUCUUUAAGUACCUAUUCGCGGUGCCACCAGCUAUACAUGCCGACGAUCUUGGCUAUACCUUCUACAAUGGCAACGGGAGCACGACUUGGGAAGGCUAUCCGGUCGACGAAAACGUCGCCCUUACGCUGCAAGAUUAUAUCAUAAGUUUCACAACUACAGGAUCCCCGAAUACUGGCCCAGCUACGAGCCCUCAUUCGUGGUUUCCGCCCUAUGGGACCAAUGCCUCGGUACUAACGCUAAAUCAAACCAACUUGGGCACAUUAAUCGUUGAUCCUCAAGCUAAUUUGCGGUGCGAUUGGUGGCAGAAGAAUGUCUAG